CUUUUGCCUCUGCUCUUCAUGCUGCUUUAUCUUCACCUGCGCCUCGCCAAAUGGAGUUGGACCCACUAUAUGCUUCUGUUGUAAAAGCAAGCGGCGCGAAGAAGAUGACGUCGACUUAGGCUACGAAGCAGAAAUGCAAAACCCAUCUCAAGAUCCUGGUGCACCCGCGACUGGUCGCGGCUCCUCCAACCCUUACGAUCCUUCGAAUCGCCGUUCGCAAAACAAAGAACCAGGACAAUACCCAGGGCGUGAAAGACCUUCUCCAGAAACUCACGGGAAUGGUGACGGAAAUGUUAAUGGCAAUGGCCCGGUGAAUGGGCCUACGUCGGUGGUAGAGAAGUGAUGCGGAGAGUGGUGACAAUCUAGGAGGUCAUUUUGCGGUGGCACAACGCGAGCUGUCUGGGACACACUGCUUUUUCCGUCUCGUUCUGUUUCCAUCUAUACCCCAUCGGCCUGCCGUCGCGGCCAUCACGCUGCACGGCAUGGAGCAUAAC